UGUUACAAUGUAUGAUAAAUUACGCCAAGAGAUUUAAUACCUACAUUUUGGGGAAAAAGCGACAACACCCACCUUACAAAUGUGGCUAAAGGAAGUGAUCAUGUUCUCUCUUUGGAAAAACUCCACUACUGCUUUCAAGACACAGCCAGCGCACUGAGAGAUAUCAGGUAUUGAUGUAACUGGAGUGAAUAAGGGAAUCUUCUUCCUGAGCACAGACAUUGGAGCCUGUUAUCAGCAUGAACUCAUAUGUGUUAGACAAACACUUGAAUAGUUCAUAUCCCUCCUUCACCACAGAAAGCAUCAGAAUGAUACCGCAAACUACAAAAAUCUUAGACACCAAUGACUGUUCACAAACAUUGGGGAUAUCACAAAAAAUAUUAAAAGAUGAUGGUGAAUUGGCAGGAACUGGAGAGCAAUCAUUAUGUACAGAGAGUAAUUUAGUCAUCAAACAAGAGGACAACAUUUAUGACUUAUCUAGUGAAAUUAUUAUCCUUGAGGAUAAACCACACACAUUUACUGAGUGUUUAAAACCUAUUAAAGAAGGGAAAAGUCUACAGUCUAGCCAAAUGAUUGAUACAAAGAAGAAACCAUUCAAAUGUACAGAAUGUGAGAAAAUCUUUAGAUGGAAGUCUCAUCUACUAAAACACCACAAAAAUCACACAGGUGAGAAACCACACACAUGUACUGAAUGCGGCAAAUGUUUUACACGAAUGGAUUAUCUGAAAACUCAUAAAAAGAUUCACACAGGAGAAAAGCCUUUCACAUGUACAGAGUGUGGAAAAUGUUUUACACAAAUAAAUAGUCUGAAAACACAUGAAAGGAUUCACACAGGAGUAAAGCCUUUCACGUGUACAGAGUGUGGAAAAUGUUUUACACAACUAAAUAAUCUGAAAACUCAUGAAAGGAUUCACACAGGAGUAAAGCCUUUCACUUGUACAGAGUGUGGAAAAUGUUUUACACAAAUAAAUAGUCUGAAAACUCAUGAAAGGAUUCACACAGGAGUAAAGCCUUUCACGUGUACAGAGUGUGGAAACAGUUUUACACGAAUGGAUCAUCUGAAAAGUCAUGAAAGGAUUCAUACAGGGGAAAAGCUUUUCACAUGUACAGAGUGUGGAAAAAGUUUUACACAAAUGGAUUGUCUGAAAAAGCAUGAAAGGAUUCACACAGGGGAAAAGCUAUUCACAUGUACAGAGUGUGGAAAAAGUUUUACACAAAUGGAAUGUCUGAAAAAGCAUGAAAGGAUUCACACAGGGGAAAGGCUGUUCAUAUGUACAGAGUGUGGAAAAUGUUUUACACAUAUGAGUAAUUUGAGAAACCAUGAAAGGAUUCACAAGGGAAGAAACCUUUAACAUGUAUAAAAAUGGAAAAAAGGUUAGAAUUGAAAUCGGGUAUCUCAAAACACCAAAUAUUUACAUACAAAUAAACUUUAUAUACUCAGUUUACAACCUCUUUACAAUUAUCCUAAAGAGGACAAAAUCUCUAAAUAAAAGCAUCAAAAGAGAUGUUAUUGUAAAUAAUACUUUCUAAAUCCCACUUAUAAAAAACCAUUAUUGGAAGUGCUCUCCUGCUGUCCUUUAUUUCUCUAUAUAUGUGCAUCUCAGUUUCUCUCAUAUUAAUGUGAUAGAAUACAAAACCAUAACAGAACUGUUAUAACAUUUUUGACUUUGUAGUGGGUGGUAUAACUGUGUAUACUUUAAAGUCUCUUGGGGUGCCCAAUCAUGUCCAUUAACAGAGUGCCCACAGUGUGUGCAAUGUCAAACCUUCUAUUGCUGUAUAAAACUUUACUUGUAACCAAAUUAGUGAUAUUUACACUAGAUGUAAACUCAGCUUACCCCAGCUGCCUCUCUACGUGAUGCAUCCAGUCCUGGGGGGGGGGAGAACUUACUUCGCUAUCAUUCCAUACUGCUUUGCAGAUGUCUGGUGUAUUACCGGAUCAAAAGAAUUGAGCGUGUUCCUUUCAGCCUCCCUCUUCAGAUGUCACUGGGGGUAUUGUAAACUUCCUCCACUGUGUGGCUUACUGCUGCAUGACUCUCUGCUCACUGCUUCCAUGUUGCAGUCCAUAUUUCGACGUCACUGGGGGUGUAUGGAAUCUUCCUCCACUGUAUAGCUUACUGCUGUAUGACUCUCUCUGCACACUACUUCUGUGAUGCGGUCCGUACUCAGGAUCCCAUUGGACAACCCCUCGAUAGCUCCUGGCCAGCUCGGUGGAGGAACAAAGUAAGGGGAAAAUUCCCUUAUUUUGGUUGCUCUACACUUCAGGGUUGGUCAGAGCAAGGAUCAAUAUAAUAAUGUUGAAGCGGAGCACCAAAUCAUUUUAUUUGAUUUAAAUUAAAAGUAAAAAAUGUAAUUCACAUAUGUAGUAUUCAUCAAAGAAGUGGGGUCAAAAAACAACUGACACGUUUUGGCCUCCUGCCGUUGUCAAAGCUGAAUUAAAGUUACCUUCAGACAUGUGGGAAUGCUGUGACUAAGUCUUCAUAUGAAGUUUAUAGUGACAACAUGUAUGUGUGUGUGUGUGAUAUAUAUAUAUAUAUAUAUAUAUAUAUAUAUAUAUUGUUCUGAAACAUACUAUAUUGGAUAAAUGUCUGCUGUAUGGAAUAAUAACUGCAUUGGUAUAUAUAUAAAUAUUAACCCAUUUAUUUCAAGAUAAACACAUUUUCUUUGUUUUUCAGAAAUAUAUUAAACAUUACAAGGGAGAAGUAGUGUGAAGAUGAGAUUGUCUAUUUGUAUAACAUUAAAUAUGAAAAUUUGCUGAAUUUAAUAAGUAGCUAUACAGUAAAUUUAAAAUGUCCAGUUUAUUUUCAAAAUUAACAACCUAUUAUAUUUCAGGCAUCUGACAAGUGCAUGUGUAGUUGGUUCUGUAAAUUGUGUCAUAUUUUUUUGUUCACUCAGCAAGAGGUGUACUGAAUGUUAUGGGACAACAAUAAUCAAAUGCAACUUUAAAGGCAUCUUCUAAAAUAUUAUGAGAAAUAUAUCAUAUCUAGUCUUGAAAUACUCAGGGUAAAUAGUAUGACAUAAUCCAAUACACAUGGAACAUAUGACUUAUUAAUACUAGAAAUAUAGUAUUUUAAAUAAAUAUACAAUUAAAUCUAUAGUUUACUGUUAUCAGUGCUAAAAAAUAAACUGUAUUUCUGGUUGUCUGCUGCCAUCUAGUGGUUUAUGCAGGAAUUGCAGCCAAGGGAGAUUGUGGUAUUGAAUGCCCAUAUGUUCCCAGCAAGCCAAUCAGGUGUUUCAACUCCGAGGGCCAAUGAGGGACAAGUCUCUGAGGGCCAAUGGAAAGACAGGUUUCAGUGGGAGCACAUCUCAAUUUCACCAAUGAUUAGAAUAAAAAGGGGUGGGGUAUAUCACGUGAUAUAGUCUCAUGCAAGAGCAAAAAAAGGGGCCCUACUGCUGAAUUUUGACUGACAAACUGUUGCCUUGGAAUCCAGUCUCUAUAAAGCAAAUUUGGGCCUAACUUUUAUCCAUCUUGCAAAAAUACCUUUUUUAAUUUAUGAGGUGAAAUUGGACUUAUUGGAGAAAGCUGAGACACCCAAUUGGUUA